ACUAAAAUAAUAAACGAAAAUAAUAAUAUAUACAGUUAUUGUACAAUAUUAUGAUCUGUUAUAAUCUUUUUAAGAAAACAUAGUUGUUUUUCAAAAGUAUUACGUAUGUGCUUUUUUAUAUUAGUUGAAAGAAGAAGAGGUGAGUAGCCGCGCAUUUUAUUCGCGAGACCGGUCGGAUGCUAAAUGGAGACGAAUCGAGAUAGCGUAUAAAGCAUGCGCACACCGCUGCACUCCGGUUCGUUCCGUUUUGUUCCCAUAAAUAUAAAAUGCAAUUAAUUCAGUGCAAGGCAGCAUGCGAGACAAAAAAUACCGGAAAUCAAUCAAUUAAUUUAUUAUUAUAAAUAUUAGUCACUCGUACAAAGUCUCUGACGUACUCUAGUUACCGAUGCAUCCGACGUUCACUCUCUGACCUUGUGUGCCGCGAACAAUAACGAAGCGCUCUCGCGUUAUAGCUCUCGACGCUUAAUAAAUCCGCAGUGACUCCAUCGUUGAUCAGAUUUCCACGAUAGACGAAUCGUGUCAUUUCGCCUCGCGUGCACCGACAGCACGAACGACCAAUGCGUUCCACCUGCAUUCCUAAUACCUCAAUAACUCACGAACGGGUAUCGCGCGGAAUUUUCGAAAGUUCUGCACAUUAUAAAAAUUCAGCGAAUUGGCUUGAACUGGCGUGCAAAGGCGUUUGUGCAUCUCGUUACGCGCGCGAAAUCGCUCGCUUUGGCCAUCGAGGAAGCGAAGGCAGAAUUGAAGAAACUCGACGAAUAUUCGAAAAGCAUCGCAUUCGCGAUACAUUGCUGUCGACGGCGAAAAAAAUCUUGUGACAGACCAUUGGAUCGUAACGAAAGAAACUAUCUAAAUUACGGAAUAAUUUAAUCAAACAAGGUCGAAGUUAUGCUCAAUGCUAAUGGGGUGAACGACUACAAAAAGUCGGAUGUUUUAUGGCAGAAAAUUCAUACUGAUCAAAAUGAACACCUGUGUAUUUACGGAUUCAAGAAAAGUUCGCUAAGAAUCACUUUGACAUACGUAUCAUACGUAUUGUCUAUCGGAUUAGUUCGGCUAUUAUUUCAUUGGUAUCCUCGACUACACCUGUAUGCGACUCAUCGAAAAUGUGCUUUAAAUUGCGCGACAAAAAUACUCGUAAUAGAUGAUUAUCAAGGAUAUAAGUCGUAUUUUGUGCGAGAUGUCAGAAAGAUUUCUACCAAAGAUACAAGUGAGAAAAGUUUGUUGGCCACUUUGGGUACCGUUGACCAAGAUCUCUUAGAGAAAAUCAAGGACAAAGAAUUGAAAAUUAAUUUAGAGAACGGCACGCUUUGCGAGGUUCACGAAUACAAGGCUUUUUGGUGUAAAAAGAAAUGUUACAUUUGGGAUACCACGAAAAAUAUGUUCUCGAAGCUCGUAGGACUUGAGAAUGGUACAAUGUGUUCCGAUCUCUACCUUUUGCGCGCUAACGGCUUAUCUAAGGAAGAACAAUUACUUAGGCGCAUCGUCUAUGGAAAUAAUGACAUAGUAGUUCCGCUUCAGAGUAUCGGCGUACUACUAUUGUUGGAAGUUUUAAAUCCCUUCUACAUUUUUCAAGUAUUUUCCAUGUCCGUAUGGCUCGCGGAGGAUUAUUUUUAUUACAUUAUAGCUCUAGGGUUAAUGUCGCUGUUUGGAAUAAUAAGCUCUAUAGUGCAAACGCGUAAGAACCAAAUAAAUCUACAUGGUACCGUUGCAUCGUCAGAAAAUGUACGUGUACUACGCGACACUGGUAUUUUCGAGAAUAUUUCUAGUAAGGAAUUGGUACCUGGUGAUCUUAUAGAAUUACCGAAUCAUCAAGCGAUUCUUAUGUGCGACGCGGUUCUAUUAACUGGGCAGUGUAUAUUAAACGAAUCAAUGUUAACAGGCGAGUCUGUGCCAGUAACGAAAACAUCCUUACCAUUACACCAUACAUUGUACAACGCUAGAGAGCAUACGUAUCACACGUUGUACAGCGGUACUACUAUAAUACAAACUAAAUAUCACAAAGAUCAACCAGUUCUCGCGAGAGUAAUCAGAACUGGUUUUUUAACUAAUAAAGGUGCUCUGAUCGCCGCUAUAUUACAUCCACCUCCAGCGGAUUUCAAAUUUGAUAAAGAUUCAUAUAAAUUUAUUGGCAUUUUGGCAUUCAUCGCAUUUUGUGGCUGUAUAUAUACUGUAAUAACAAAGGCGUCGAGAGGAAUUUUAGCUGACGAUGUAGCGAUAAAAGCAUUAGACAUAAUUACGAUAGUCGUACCAUCAGCAUUACCGGCCGCGAUGAUCGUAGGAAAGUUAUAUGCUCAAGUGAGACUGAAAUAUGAGCAAAUCUAUUGUAUUAAUAACAGGAUCAUAAAUGUUUCCGGUAGCAUAAAUUGCGUAUGUUUCGAUAAGACGGGAACAUUGACCGAGGAUGGAAUGGACAUGUGGGGCAUUGUACCGUGUACAAAUGGCAUUUUUGCCGAGGCCGAGACAGAUAUAUCCAAGCUCAAAGAUCAUCCUCUUUUCGAAGGGAUGCUAGUUUGUCACAAUUUAACACUUAUCGAUGGAGAACUUUGUGGAGAUCCUUUGGACGCAAAGAUGUUUGAAAGUACCAAAUGGAUAUUGAAGGAUUCGGAUUACACGCACGUGGAUAAAUAUAAUUCGAUGGCACCGAUUGUCGUGAGGCCACCGGAGAGCACAAGCUCGACGAAAAAUCUGAAUGAAAUCACGGAGAUUAGUAUAAUACAACAAUAUCAGUUCUCAAGUGAUUUACAACGAAUGUCCGUGAUCGUGCGCGCAGCGGGAACAGAUAAUUUCAGAGCUUACACGAAGGGCUCUCCCGAGAUGAUAAUCAAACUAAGUAAAACGGAAACUGUACCGAAGAACAUCAUGUCCGUUUUGGAGCAAUUUACGAGACAGGGAUUUCGCGUGAUAGCUAUGGGCCGUAGAGCGACAAUCUCCAAAAGUAGUGCAGAGAGUGCGUACUUAUGUUCGUCGAUAUCGAAAUUGUCUCGAGAAGCGGUGGAACGGGACUUGGAAUUCUUGGGACUAGUCAUUUUGGAAAAUCGGUUGAAAAAACCAACGACACGAGUGAUUACGGAACUAAGAGAAGCCAACAUACGCGUACUGAUGAUUACAGGAGAUAAUAUUCAAACCGCGGUGAGCGUCGCGAGAGAAUGUGGAAUAAUUUCGGUCAAAGAAUACAUUGUUGACAUAACUGUAGCCUCGAACAAAGAAAAGGAUCGUCCAGAGAUCAUUUUCAACGUGCAGUCUCGCUCUCCAAGAUUGAGCUCGCCAGAUCAAGACUACGUGAUGUCAUCAAAUGUGAUCAAAGAUAUAGAAUGCGGUAUAGCCGAUUGCAAUUAUAGAUUCGCCUUGACGGGCCAAACGUGGCAAGCGAUGCGAAAGUAUUAUCCCGAACUUGUAGACCGCGUUUGCGUACGUAGUGCGAUAUUCGCCAGAAUGAGCAGCGAUCAGAAGCAACAAUUGGUCGUGGAGCUAAUGCAACUCGGUUAUUACGUAGCCAUGUGUGGUGACGGUACUAACGAUUGCGGAGCGUUAAGGGCCGCGCACGUCGGUAUAUCGCUAUCCAAAGCAGAAGCCAGCGUGGCCAGUCCGUUCACCUCGAGAGUACCCGACAUAAGCUGCGUCCCAAAAGUAAUAAGGGAAGGACGCGCCGCUUUAGUUACGUCGUUUGGGAUCUUUAAAUUAAUGAUCGCGUAUUCCCUUACCGAAUUCUUUUCCGUCAUAAUACUGUACUCCAUAGAUUCGAACUUGACGGAUCUACAAUUUCUGUUUAUCGAUAUCUGUUUAUGUCUCAACUUUGUCUUUUUCUUCUCCAAGACUCGCGCGUCUAAGAAAAAAUUAUCCAAGAAAGCACCGAUGACGAGUAUGCUAAGCUUCACUCCACUUUUAUCUCUAACAGUGUACAUGUUCGUGACGAUCGUUUUUCAAGAAAUAGUAUACCACGGCGUUCGGCAAUUCUCAUGGUUCACCCCGUUCGUUCCUACCAGCAACACUGGAUACACGUGUUACGAAAACUAUUCGGUCUUCUGCCUCUCCAUGUUUCAAUACAUCACGACGGCGAUUGUAUUUUCACGCGGGAAGCCUUACAGACGUGCGAUCUACACGAACGGCGCAUUUUUGUUCUCCAUACUGGUAUCAACGGCCAUAUGCAUAUACAUUACGGUUUAUCCCGCAAAUUGGAUAAUAAACGCGCUGGAGUUGGUUUUACCACCCGUUUACGACUGGAGACUCAUUAUCCUAGCGCUCGCUCUAGCCAACUUUUUUAUUUCUCUUUUCAUCGAAGGCUUCGUAAUAGAGCGCGUCAUUGAAAAUAUCUUGAAGAGAAAACUAUACAAGCCGGAAAAAUCCAAGAAACGAUACCUAAAGAUAGAAUACGAAUUGAAGAACUGUGAAAAUUGGCCGAAAUUCAAGAAACUGCCAAUAUUAUCUAGCCUGCGGAAAGAAGAUGGCUCGCAAAAUAUCGCCAGUAUUACGCACUGUAACAGAUACAGUCAGAUUGACGUUUCGAACAAUCAAACGAUGAAUGAUUUUAGCUACUCAAGCAAGUUACUGAGAGAACGGACCAACAAAGAAAAUGGAUUUGAAAAUUUUGGCUUUGCAAAUGAUCAAGUAUAAUGCCGAAAUGUAUUAUAGAAAUAUUCAUAAUAAUCGUUUCAAAUAAGCCAGAUGUAAUGACUUGAUAUUGGCAUGACAUCAGAGAUGUUCCGGAAAAGAAGUGCAUCAGUGUUUUAUAGAAAAAAAGACCGGAUACACAACAAUAAUUAAACUCAAUUUUAAUUUACUAUUUAAAUGUUUUAGAUACGCAAUAUAGGUCUUUGUAGAUUUAAGAAUAAAUAGCACGUUACGGCUAAACGACAAUGUAAACUACUUAUACUUUGUAAAUGUGAAUUUGACAAAGUUCAAAUUCUAUUCUAAACAUUCUUUCAAUUUUUUAUGUCAAGUAUUUCGAUAAACAAUUGAAACGUGCCCAUUUUUACGAAUGUUCUAAUUUUUCCAAAGAAAAGUCUCUAGUUCAGAGAUUCAAAAAAAUUAUGAAAUUUUAAUAAUACGUAUGAAAUGCCGCUUCCUGGUAUGUAAUAAAUUUAUUAUUUAAGUAUCGUCCA